AGUGCUUCGCAACAAAAGAACUCUUCGGAGUGUCCCCGUUGGAUUCCUUGUCACUUUUUUUCCUCGGAAGAAUUAGUGCUUGGAGUUGAAGGAGCAACACGAACAACCGCUGUUUGAUUUGGACCCCCUAAAAACAAAAACAAAGAACAAUUUUGGAACCCCACAUUGAACUAAAGAUUGCAUUUUCUGUCUUUUCCCUUUUGCUUUUUUUAUACGCCGAACACUGUAGAAUUGCCGAUAAAUUUACGAGAGAGAAAUCUGUUUUACAACUUAACAUCGACUUUAUAAUUAAUUUUUUGACAAGAUAUCGUGAAUUUUUUUCCGCUGUUCCUUUUCAUUUUUUUCUGGAUGCAUACUACUUGCUUUUGUACUUCUUUUUAAGUCUCUCUCAUUUGUCACAAACCCAAGAACCCGUGUAAACCAGUGCAGUUUAAGUAUCCCCAUUCCAAAUUUUGUUUCCCCAGACAAUUUUUGCACACGAAAACCAGAAGACGAAGAAAACAUCGAAACCAAAAUGUUGGAGCAGACGAAGGAAAGAAAAGCUGAGGGCGAGCGGUGCCCGAGAACCGUGCCGGUUGCGAGAAGCCGUAGCCGAGUUUUUCAACGAGACGAGGAGGAGAAAACCGAGGCGAACUUUUCGGAAGCGGCGUCAAAGAUGUCGCAGAACCCACUGAAAAACCUACAUCUUUUAGGCAAGAAGGAGAACCUCGACGACGGGGACGGAAAACGCCGGGGCCGUGCGCCGCACCCUGAUAUCAUGUGAAAAAGUGUACAAAUUCUGCUCACACGACCACGUUUUCGCGGGCUCGGGUCGGUCUGUAAAGGCGGCACUAACUCAAAAUGUUUUUUUCUUCUAUUUCGGUCGAGAGUUGCAGCACUACAAGCACCGCUAGUCUCUUCAUACGUAAGUUACGGUGGGUCCGCACUGCUGCAGCAUUGAAAACAUGAGGCGCCAAGACAAGCAUUUGCACACUUUUCCAACUCAUACAAAGCCGGAUGCGGCAGGAUCAACAUGGCAGUUGUCGGGCGCGAUCGGCGUCGCCGUCUCCUGGCCGGGCGAUCGCUACUGGACUGGCCGCCGCGUUGGUAUGGUUGGGGAGCUGAGUUUUGUACAGACUGCUGUGGUCGUCAGCGUCAUGGUUGUGCCUCAAGCAGCACUUGCUUCCUACUCGUUCCGUUCUCGGGGCCUCGGCUUGUCGGGGCCUCGGCGGCACUAUUUACAGCUUUGUUAGAGGCGAAGUCUUGUUGCUGUGAGUAUUCGGACUGCGAUACAACUACAAGACGAGUGGUUGCUUUCGUUUCGCGUGGCAAGGACAAAGGGGAAAUGCGCGUACGCGACGAGGAUGUAGCAUUCUAUCUCAUUGCAUAUGCAGUCGCAUUGCGGCGCAAAAGCGCUGAAGGUUUGUCCCCAUAAGAUUGCUGCAGUUGUCUGUGCUGGCGGGUUUCCUUUGCAUAUCACGCGCUCGGCUGCAGGAAUUCACUAGGUAUGAGGCGGGUCGGCAGCGGCGCUGCAGGGACGACGUCUGUGGGGCCUACCCGUCUCCCGCUCCCGCCCGGGGACACAAUGGAACUGAGCGCCAAGCAUAAACGCAACAUUCUUGCCAAUGGCGAAGACCAAGACUGUUCGUUCUACUCUCACUCUGGGCUGGAACUACUUGGGCUUGGCGCGGCCACGGAUCCAGAGAACCCGCUCGAUGAACAAGGGCUCCUUGGUCUUUUGAGAACUAAAGCGCUGGACUACCGGGGACGCCAGAGAGCGCGAAAGAUCUUGAUCCACUGCGCACAAGUGAUUAUGGACAAGUUUCAAAAGGAUUUUCUGGAAUUUGACAUCGACCGGGGAAAUGCGGCCCCGGCGGCACCUGCGGGACCGAAGUCGCCAGUGAAGACGGGAGACGUGAAAGUACCAAGACGCCUGCCAUUGGCGCUGGACAUUUGCAGGAUUCAAGAAGAACCGUCUACAGGCCCCUUUGCACCGAUAAAAUGGUUCCAAAAAAAAGCCCGCUUUUCGCGUAGCAAGCCGCCAGCACUUGUGUCCAACGAUGGAACGGGCCGCAACGACAACGAUAACUGCGGCGAAGUAAUGGUAUUUGGUGAUGUGCACCUACGGAAUGCUGCGACUCAAUCAUGCUCUCGUAGCCUCUGCAUGAUCGCCAUAGCAAGAGUUGUCUGGUACUGGUGCGACUUUCGGUGCGGCUGAGAGACUGCCGCGAGUCCUUUGUCAAAAAGAACACCGCUACUGUAGAUGUAGUCUUCUAUGUAGCGCGAACGCGGCAUAUGACUUGUACGUAAGAGUGCGAGACGUUGAGUAUGGAGUCCCCAUGCAGAAAACAACAGACUGUUGUAUGUAGGGAGGUCACGAGCUUUCUAAUCUGGCGGUUUUUUGACACCUACGGUGAAAAGCGACCGGCAGUUUCCAAUCGGCCGGAAGUCUUUUUGCAGGUAAAAAGCUGCCACUUUUCAUCAAUCGGGUCUGGCUGUCCUGGCACCGAAUCGCCAGCGAGAAUUACCGCUCGCCGAUCCUAAGAACGACGCAGAGGAGCCGCCAAAGGUGGCGCUCUUCUGAGGCAUCGGAUUCCGCCGAUUCGGGGUGCCCAAAAAAUGGCGUCAAAAAAAUCGCGGUGGUAAAAAGAAAGCGACUGCGCAUGGUACAGGCCUCGUUUUGGCCCGCGCUGAUUUCAAGGCCGCAAAGGCGGCUACCAAAAUUGGCCAUUUGCAGUGCGGGUAGUAAGCCAAAAGUCCUGGCUUUCUGACAAAAAAACAAAAACUGCACAUUCCGCAAAAACAAAGCUGGCAGCCAAUCCGCAUGCUGCGGGUCCGCGUUGGGCUGCCCAAGGUGCUAGCGCUGGCGGGGGUUCUUGCAGGGCCGCAGCAUGCGGAGAUGGUUUUUCGGUUUUUGAGGACACGAAGAUGGCAACUUGUGGCCGCGCUUUCUUCCGUCUCCUAGGCCAUGCUGAGUAACAUUAUUCGCGUCGGGGUGCUGGAGAUAAAAGAGCGCGACUAUUUUUUUGAUAGCAAUGCGCGAAAACAGCAAGGAAGAUGGGAUCUGGCAGUCAAAAAAACCGCUGACAUCACUACCCCCGCGGACUUGGCUACUAUGUAUUGGCUUUCGUGGUGCUGAUCGAGGUCGGCACUACUUCGGAGGCACCCCUUGCGAAGAUCGUUCAUCGGAUGCUGCGAGAGCUGCUCCAUUUCAUACGAAGGCGCCUUCGACAAUUUGCUACAGCUACUUGCCAAUCUGCCGAUGUCGGGCGAGAACGGGUUCUGGGACAGAAAGAAUCCUGGCGCCCAGUUGCUCUUCCUGGGUGAUUACGGAGAUCGUGCGCCUAUUAAAGGGGACACAUUUUAUACCCACCUACUCAUGGCGUACCUCCAAGCUUACUUUCCUCAGAAAGUAACACUGCUACGCGGAAACCACGAGACGGAGUUUCAGUACGACGACUGGGCUCUAUCUAGGGAAAACAACGAGUAUUGGGAAAAUCUUCGCUCGACACCUUUUCGUGCCGCUCAAUACGACGACUGGGCUCUAUCUAGGGAAAACAACGAGUAUUGGGACUUUCUUCGCUCGACACCUUUUCGUGCCGCCGUAGAAGACCCUAAGAAGAGGUUGACAAUCCUUGAUGAAAAUCUCAUUCCAUGGACCCGCAAAUAUUUUUUUCCGUAUUUGCCGCUUGCAGCGAAAGUUCAUGGGAAGGCACUUGUGAUCCACGCAGGUAUCAGUGACCGACUGAAGCCGAUCAAGGAGCUGAUGCAGGUAGACCUCCGGUCUGCGCAAGUGCAGAUCAGAAAUCUCGGGGAAAGACGAGAAACGCAGAAAGACGAAGGACUCGACAGACGAGACCAAGCGGAGAAGAAAUCGCUCGGUUUCAUCACACAUGAUCGAAAGUCAUAUGGCAUGCAGGAAUGGUUCGCAUAUCGUGGUGUGCUUCUUAUGCAUGGCAGCAAAAUCAUGCCAGUGCCCAACCCCCGGCGCAUAUGUACUUUAGAGAUAGUGAUAUUACAGUGCACGUUUUUGAAUUGUGGUUUUUUAUCGCCAACGUAUUUUUCAUUGCGCAAAACCAAAAGAAGUGGACGCUAGCUGUCAACCGCACAAGCAGUGUUUGCACUUUCCACCGUGGUCAUGUGAAAGAAAUAUAUUGCAGCGACAGCUUCUGCCUCGUUUUUGUUCGUUGGUUUCAACGAUGUAUAUAAAUGACCAAAGCGUGAUGUGCAAGCGCUUGCAUCCAGUCCAUCGCAAACGCUUCUCGAGCACGGAUAGUGUGACUCUUUUGCAGCUGCAGAAAAACUACCGUCUUCUGCCAGAUGAUCGGCUAUCGUUAUUGUUUCAGAAGAGUAUUGCAGUUUUUCGCCAGCAGGGUUUGGGAUGUUUUUGUUUCGAAACUCGCGCAGAUAUGGAGAGACGACUUCAUUUAUGGCAAGACGGGUUCUGCUGGUCGUCCAAGCUCGGCGCGAGAUUCAACGCUCGAAACAGAAACUAAAAAUAUCGAAAGGCUGAAGAGCAAUGCGGUUGCGGGCCUCAAGCUCAACGAUGACGAUGUGCCGUAUUUGUCUGUGACUCCUCGCGACCAUCUCCAGUCUUGUAAUUCAUUUCGUUCUUAUUUGAAACCGAAAUUGUUAUGGUGCUCAUUUUUACAACUGGGCUUUUGGUUUUGUACGCCUACACGUGCCUGUCAUGGCGGAGGGUAUCCGACGAGGACGCAAUGCUUUUCCGUAGUGUUUCCAUGCUUCUCGUGGUUGAUGAUCAUCCUGUCCCCAGGAGUCGAAAGUGCGCAGUGAGUUGUGGGCUUUGAAUGCAAUAGAUACAAGAAAAUGCUGGUCCGGGGGGUUUUUCGUGCGACAAAAUUCAAGGAGGAAACCUUUGUUACAACGAACUGAUUCAGGCGGAUCCGGAUCCGGUUGGCCCCAAUCCGAAUGCGCGUUGCCCAGGUCUUUUCACGAAGGAAAAAGCGGAAAAAUUUUUGGAAGACAACAAGCUUGAGCUAAUUAUUCGCGGGCAUGAACCACGAGAACUUUCAAAUCAAGGGAUGUACGUGGAGUUUCGCAUGGAGGAGUUUGAGAGGGAAGGCGAAGCCGGAGCAGUGCAGAAACCUCUUGCCGAAGCGGAUUCGCAGAUCAUGUUUAUUUUUUCUUCCUUAUCACUUGGAGCUACGUACUCUCUCUGUCUUUGGGCGCGGCGUUUUCCAGCGUCUAGAUGCAGAUCGUCCGUUUUUUCCCACCUCCGAUCAUUUUCUAUAGCGGGGCAUGUGCACAUUGGAAUUUCUAUCUCGUUCUCGCACCCGCUUGGGUGUGAGUGCUGUAUUUACAGCAAGAGCACACGCAGGUCUUUCCCGCUACAGCGUUUGCUACGAUAAGGCUUGGAAGAAGGAGCUCCUACUAAUUUAGCGUUUUCCUUUUACAUUCGCUUUUGUUUGCGUAAGUAUGGAGCGACCUGCGAGAUAUUCAUUCCUUUGAGGGAAUGGGAAACAGAGGUGGGACAGGGCAUCUAGGGCAUUGAGAAAACAGGACAGGUGCAGCCCAUGAAGUUCGCGUGCAUAGCCUCCGAUCUACAAGGGCAACCAGAAUUUUGCCAGUUUCGUGAGCUUGAAGCCCCAACACCAACGCGUCAGCGGUGCUAUCGAAUCGCACAAAGUCGAGGAUCUGCAAUUUUCACUGUGGUCUUGUUGGUUGUGUUUCAAUUUGUUUGUCUCUCGUGGAAGUCGAGUUCGGAUGCUUUUGGAGCUUGCACUCUUAUGUAGACAGGCAGAACAUGCAUCAGGCUGCAGUCUCUGACUAGGUUCGGAUGGAUCUCCGUUGUAGAUCUGUUUAAUAGUUGCAAAGACUUGAAAUACAAGGAUUUCACAUUGGAGUGUCGGCGAUAUCCUCUUCUUUUCUGCGUAACAAAAAGCGCUGGUCGUGGAACGCCUGGAGGAAUUCGUGCGGUGUACGAGUCCACGAUCUACUCCGAUUACGCAACGGAAGAACUACAACAGCAUAUGCUUGCCUAGCACCUAAUCAUAUGUAGUCUGUCGCAGCGGCAACUACAGUAGUCGAGCGAUUGUUUUGGAGCAGUAGCAGUCGAUGAUGCAGCUGACAGAGAACCUUGGUAGUGCAGGCAGAUAAUCUUAGGGAUCGAUAUGCAGGACGUAAGUAGACAGUUGCUGGUGGCCUGAUAGCGUUCCCCUGCGCUGUCAGAACCGCUGCUUGUUAUGCCGCAUUGCUUUUUUACGCACUUUGUGUUGAACAGUGAGGUAUAAAGGAGGAUGAUUGCUUCUGGUGCGGUCACGGGUGUACUGCCAAGAAAGCUUGGUUGGUCCGCCGGGCCUGCAGCUAGGAUGGGGUGAUCUGAGCAGGGAGGACAAGUGCAGGUCUGCGCUACUUGUUUUUUUUUGAGUGGCGCAGCAGAAGCGUGGCCGUCACCCAUGUUGCAGGCACGAAAUGGAUGGAGGCCAUUCUGCCACCCCGAUCACGUUAGAGCAUGGUCCCCUGGGAUGCCAAUCUAUUUUGAUUUUAGAUUGCAGUAUAGUCAAAAGCCCCAAUAGCUUAUGGUGGUUUUUGAGCUGAGCUGGUAUCCAUCACGUGUGUCUUCAGUGCCGGAGAAUUUUGCUGUCACAUUAGCAGGGGCGUAUUUAGAAGUAGCUCUCUGCGCAACAAGAAACAAAAGCAAAACGCAAAAGACGAUUAUGGGGAAAGAGAAUUGCCAGGCAGGUGGCAAGAAGAGCAACCAUCACACAGCCAGCAUAACAAGUUUGACAGUAUUGCUCACUGACUCAAGACGACGAACGACCACUGCAAUGUAAUUAGUAGGUGCUAGUUGCAAGGGAUGAUGAUCUUUUCAGAGCCAUACUCACAAACUUCAAGAAGAAAUGGCUUCGCAGCUUGCAAAUGCGAUACCGUUACAAAGUUUAGAUGCCACGGUUUACGUGUACGGCCGUCGCGUCGAACUUACCACUAGUGGCGAAGUCGGCUCAUUCACAAACUGGGGGGACGGAGAGGCAUGGGAUUGGGUGACAGAACCGCCCGCCUGGCCCGCACCUGCUGCUGAAGAGUCUUGUUCAUUCGAUGGUGGACAGGGGAAACUUCUCGGCGACGGUCAAGAAGGCCUGCUACACUUACUGAAAACGCAAGCGCUGGAUCACAAAGGCCGGCAGAGAGCUCGGCAAAUCUUGAUUCAGUGCUCACAAGUGAUCGUUGACAAGUUCAGUAAAGGGUUUUCAUCUCUUACGGUCGCCGGCAAGGACCUUAUCAACGAGAACGGCGUCAAAGUCAAGAGACGUGUUGUCACGAAGAAAGAAAGGAAACUUCCACUCGCCCUUGACAUUUGCCCACAAAAGAGUGCUGAAGUGGGUGCUGGUUCGCGAGAAAUGUUGAAUGUGCCUCGUCCAGAAGGUGCUGGAGCUGCUGCACUAAAUGCGGGAGACGGGACUGGUCGUAAUGACGCGAAAAAUUGCGGCGAUGUGCUCGUCUUCGGCGAUGUUCACGUAUGAUAUGCAGAAGUUCGCGGCCUUGAUGUUGAAGCUUCUUCUUCACAUAAAAGAAUAUAGACGUCACUUUUUGACUUUGCACUGCGAUAUCUAAAACGAAUAAAGAAAAUUGGUUUAUUGCGACACUGCAUAGCGACCAGAAUACCUCCACCGAGAUUCGCUACAGCCACGGCUUUGAGUCCCCUGGUGCGUGUCAAGGACUGACAGAGCAAUAUCGGUUUCCGUGCUAAGUGGCAUGUUCCUCCCUGCCGCGCCAAGUAUUCUUCUGAGAUUGCCCUUGGAACGAACUCUUGCACUUCAUAUGGGGGCGCGUUCGACAACUUGCUACAGCUCCUUGCUAACUUGCCGGUGGAGCACUUCUGGGAAAAAGACAAUCCCGACGCGCAGCUGCUCUUUCUUGGCGACUACGGGGAUCGUGCCCCCGUCCUAGGCGACACUUUUUACACGCACCUGCUCAUGGCUUACCUUCAGGCGUUCUUCCCGCAGAAAGUGACACUGCUACGCGGGAAUCACGAAGGGGAGUUCUUGUACUCCAUCUUCAAUCCAUUGGAGCAAGAAGAGUUUCUUGCUACCGACGGCGUUGUGAAUCACGCCUCAGAGCAGGCUAAAAGAGAAGCCUUUCUCGUGGCCCUGCAGGACUGGACCAUCAAUGAAUUCUUCCCUUAUUUACCGUUGGCUGCUCGAGUGCAUGGCAAGGCGCUGGUGGUUCAUGCCGGGAUAAGCGCACGCCUCAAAAACGUGAAUGAAUUGAUGGAAGUAGACUUGCGGAAGGGACCCGCAUGGCCUUGCAUUGAGCAGACAGGAGAUCGUUUCGUGAAUCCUGCGAUUGCGACGGAUGAGCCUCAAGGGACGAGUAACAACGACCAGGAAAUAGGACGGGAAACAGGUGCCGAGAAUCAUCACAAUGGUGCUGCGAGUGACGCGGGCACGGUGGAGCAGCAAGGAAGAGGAAGUGUUUCGUUGAAAUCAGAGUUGGUUCGCACCAUGGUCUUUCUUAUCCGUAUGACAGUGGCGGUCUCCAGUGGCACUUGCUGAUUUGUAAACCAUGAGUAAUGAAUAGAGAUGAAGAAGGUGAUCAAGAUUUUGCUUGAAUGUUGAAAGAGAAUAGAAGAUAUUGGUAGUCGCUAGCGCAGUCUCGCGCAGCUGCGCCUGCGAGAAUGAACCCAGAUGAAGCGCCGACGUAUUGUGGUUCUGAGCUACUCAUUUGCAAGUGCCGCGAUGUUUUCGUGCGCGCCGGCUUCCAAAAAUAUGUUGUACAAGCUUUUUUUAUGGUGUGUAUGGGAAAGCUCGAACGCGAGCCCUAGCUACCUUAUGCAUCUGCAUCGUUUUCGAGCAAGGACAGUCUGACAAAGGGAUCGAAUUUCAAAUGGAUUUCUGCGCAGGUAUGGCGGGACGAGAUUCUACUUGCUAAUGCUGCAACUGCGACACCAGCACCACGACCGCCUGAGAGCGAUAGUGCUGGGAUCAGACCGUCCCAGAGCGGCAACCAGAUGAAAUGUGAGGAACUGCAAGAGGACGACUACAAGAAAUGGAAGCUUUACGAGAACAUAUGGGCCACUUAAGGAGAGUACUUAAGCCUGCGUAUGGGUCCACACCGUUACUUGAUUUGUCAGUGUCUGUGUAUAAAAGUGACAUGACCUGUAAAAGCGUUUGCAUAAUGUGUCACAGAACAACUGAGCUAUUCAGCUCCUUCCCUGAGAGAAGAAACGGAGAAAGAGUCACAAACUCAGAGAACUGAAUAGCAGGCCUUCUGCACUGCGACUUCAACGCCAAAAGAAGCAGACUUGGAUCGCUUCACGCAUAGCUUUGAUUGAUGAAGCAUAGGCGUGAGGCAUGCGCUACUGCUUUAAGGUUGCACUGCCGAUAGGUAAGGUUCGGGGCACAGGUGUGAAUCCCUGCGACUCGUUUUGAGUCGAUUUCGGAGCAAGUGGUGAAGAAGAUGGCGCCUCGAUUGAGCUUCUAUACGCGGAUCCAGACCCGACGCAUCGCGGCUACCCCCAUCGCUCCCCACACGUAUUCACAGAGGCUGUCACGAAAAAGUUUCUGGAGGAGAACGAUCUAGAGCUGAUCAUUCGCGGACACGACCCUGCAGAUCGUCGUAUCGGCAGGGAUCAAGAUUACGUUGAAUUCCGCAUGGAGAGUUUUGCCGGAGAGCACGACUUUCGAUGUACGAAAUGUAAGCGCGACAAACGUCUAUAUCUUGACUGGUCCUCCUGCAUGUAUGAGUUGGAAUUGUCAUGUAAGUAACGUAGCUGCAUGACGCCACCGAUACUGAUAACAUUAAUGCUGUAGCAUUUAUAGAUGUAGGGGUGGGGCAUGGGGAAAAUAGUGUGUGGGAUUGAGAAGCGCUCAUAGAAGAUUUGCGGUUCGUUCAUAUGGAUCUGCCAUUGCCGUGCCCGUAGCCAUACCCUGGAUCUUCGUGCUGCCUAAGCUACAUCUAUGCAUCUUCUCCUUCAGCACGGCAGAGUCGCCCUUGUUCUGAUGUUUUUGAGGCGAAGACCACGCUGUCGAAUGGCACCGAUCUUGCAAACGACGUCUCGCGAAUUUGCUGUGUUUUUCCAUACGUACCGAGCUGCGUUCGUCCGGCGUCAUGUUUGUCUUUUCCUCCUUACGAAAGUAAGAAACACUCACAGCUGCAUGCUGGCCUCCGGGUUUCCUUUCUGUCGAUUAGAGCAAGGUUUUGUCGAGCACCAUUCAACACAUGAAUGUUAUGCAUGUACGCUAUUCUACUUGCAUUCGCUUGUGUGUGCCUUGAAAAGUGUUCACUUUCAUCCAUAGUUUUUGGCAUGGCAAAUGCUUUGUUUGCUGUAACACGAACGCAUCAUGUGCCGAGGCAACUGCGACGUGAUCGGCAGCGUUGCCGUUUCUGGCUACACGCAUAGGAUGCUUUGGCUGAAUUUUUCAGGGCAACGACAAUUCUAGGGAGUAAUGUCGAACUGAACAAAAAAUGAUGAGUCAAAGCUAAAAGUGGUAGUUGUCCGUUGAAUUGCAAGUCGGCUUUCAUCCGAAAAGGUGAGUAGCAGUAUCACAUCUUAUCGCAAGGACUUUGCAUAAACAGGAAGCCGAAACCAUUCUAGAGGCCAGUAUUGCAUGCUUUCUGUGUAUAUGUUGCGGGUUACGCCGGUCGAACCGCGAAUCGGGGCAGCUUCGUCAGUUUGAAACGGGGUGAGAUGAAUUCAGAGCACGCAGGUCAUGAUAUUGAACUGAACAUAGAGACUCAUAGGCCUGUUAUUGCCACGUCAGACGCAAAGCAGCAGAGAGAGAGACGUCCAUCUUUUUCUGUAUGAAAAUAUGCACUGGAUGUCCGACCCUUGUGAAACGGAAUUGUGUCCAUACAUCCGAGCACAAACGACCAAUGUAGACUGAUCAGAAAACACAACUGCCGUUCGGGGUACUUACUUUUAGUGUAGCCCCGGGCAAUUUUAGUGUCCGCGCAAACCGGUGUCCCAUGCCAUUUUUUUUUACGGUGGAGGUGAUCUUCACAUCUCGAUAGUGGAGUGGGUUUGUAUGAAGACUGUGCGUGGCGUGACAGGUAAGAGUCUCUUGCUUUCUACUUGAUGCCGACCAUCAGCAUCUCCUACGAGAGCGGGCUUCCAUAUGAUUACGGAAAGGAACAGCAUGUGUUGGGCACGUCUAACUGUAGCUCAUUCAGUAAUUCUUGUUUUACAAAUAGCGUUUCGCGCACACCGUAUUGAGAGUCUAGAUUACGGAGGUAAAUGUUGAUUGGGGAUCAGAAAAGGAUGUUGAUGCAUUUUUCGCCCUCUGCGGAACCUGACGGACUUGGAGAAACUCAUUGAGGUUGGACUGCCCAUCACUUGCAUUGUUUUCAACUACCAUAGUGCAGUCGCUCUGGCCGACGAAAUGAGAUACCAGGCUGCUUUAGCCGCGCCGCUCAAGUAUUUACAGGCGGAAGUUUACGUUUUCGGUCGGAUUCUGGACAUGGGCGCCGAGCGCCGACUUGAAGGCGAUGGCGUCGAAUGGCAAUGGAAGAAAGACGAAAAUAAAGCUCUCGGAGACUGUUCAUUUUACACCGGAUUGCUUGGCCGCGGCAGCGUCGCGCAAGAAUCGGCAGGUACAGAGCCGGUCCCAGGACUGCUCGCUCUCCUCCAAACGAGAUCCCUAAGUUAUGCCGACCGCCAAACGGCGCGGAAAAUCUUGUUCCAGUGCGCACACGAAAUCCAGGACCACUUUGCGAGAAGCUUUGUGGGACUCAGUGUUCAGUACGGGAGUACGCAAAGCGGAGGCGAAGUGAGCCAUUUUCGUCCAAAGGAGGUCGCGAAAACCGAUCGCGUAGUGUCAAAGUCGCACAAUGCCGUUAGUUCGAAAGUAGCUGUCGACAUCUGCAAGCAGGAGCCGAAGCUGCUAGAUACCACGAAACGCAAUGAUUUGGAAAAUUGUGGGGAAGUGUUGGUGUUUGGUGAUGUUCACCUAUGAAGUGCAAGAUUUCGCAGUUUUCUUCCGUAUACGAUCUUUAGUUGUGUUUCGGUGACGAAAUGUACUGCCACUUCUACUUAUUUAACGAUCUCCGGCCAAAAUUGUGGGGUUUUACUACAUCAUGUAGAAGAGCAAACAGCUCCCAAUGAUUUAGGAUAAAUCCGACCCGACUCUUUCUCUUCCGCUUGUAUUAUAAGAGUUAUGCUGAAAAGAAGUGACAUCCGCCUUCUGUCGUAGACAUACUUAGAUGCAGAUCCAGCACCCAACGAGUAGAAUUGCAAAGUUGACGCACUUCAUACACGGGCACUUUUGACAACUUGCUCCAACUCCUUGCCAAUUUGCCCUUCACAAGCCAAAACCACGGAACGUUCUGGCAUGAGAAGAACCCAGGCGCCCAGCUUCUCUUCAUGGGUAAUUACGGCGAUCAUGCGCCAAUUGAAGACGACAUCAUUUAUACGCACCUUCUCAUGGCUUACCUCCAGGCCUACUUCCCGCAGAAAGUGACGCUGCUGCGUGGGAGACACGAGAGAAAGCGUCUGUAUGAUGAAGUCGCACCACAGGAACUCCGAAAUGCUCCAGAUUUUCCUGCUGGCCUUGGCGUUCAGCUUCCGGGGCCUGCAUCCUCUGGGCAAGAGGUUCAAGACACAAAGCGCUUUCUUCUGGAUCUUCAUCAGUGGACUGUGUUUGAAUUCUUUCCCCAUUUGCCGCUGGCUGCUCGGGUCCAUGACAAGGCCUUGGUGGUUGAUUCCGGGAUUAGCGGCAUUUCGGGACUGAUGGAGGUGGUCGCCGGUCCAAUUCAAAACGCCAAUUUCAUGAACGUGCUUGCGUACCAGGUUGCUAUCACGAAGAUGCCUGCUCUAGCUAAUGUAGACACGUUGAUUGAUAGUAUGUGGGGGAAACUUGAAGGCCAGCAAAAGCCUUCUUCUUCGAUCGAUCCGAGUAGUAUCGGUUUGGAACUUGUCAUCCGCGGACGCGAGCAGGAAACGGAGAACGAAAGUAGUGCUCCCGCCGAAGCUUUCUCACCGUUCCGCAUGUUGAACUUACCUCAUGUGCAGGCAGUUACGGAACACAAAAACGGCAUCAAUGUCUCCAAUACUGCAAAUUUUCUGCAGCUGUACCCAUGUCGUCGCAAAUAUUCUCCUCAAGCUGGAGAGAAAACGACUUUCCAUCUUUCUUUCUCAGUCAUGUCUUACCUUUUUGAGAAAAAUACUACUUACAGAAGCACGAUGCAUUGCGCUGUUUUUUUUUCCAUAGGUUACCAGCAGACGAGCCGCGUCAUGUCUUUGUCCUCGUGUCUAUGGCUGGAAACAGAAGGCGACAUUGGCUUGGGAAACUUCUGGCUUCGAAAGCUCUACAUAGCAAUUUCCAUCAUCUGCGCGGGUCAAUAAAAUGUUUACUGAUCUGUAUCUAGAUCUACUUCAUUGCUUAAACAGCAGGGGAAGCUUACCGGCCAAAGUUGAACCUAUUUCCGUUUCAUAACACCCUUUCUACGCAAGUGAGCAGGAAAACUCUGGCGGCUUUGUGAGCUUGAAACGUCGUGUUUCGCAUGGUGAGGCCACGCCAGGUGAAGAGCAGCUUGGGUCUAUCAAAUUGAAACAACACGGAGACAGCUGAAGGACCGCUAGGAAUUGGACAGAAGUUCUGGCAAUAAAGUUUAUUGACAGAACUUCUUGUUUCAUACAACAAAUACAAAACUGCAUCCCUUGAGUUUAAAACUCAGUGGAUGCGGCACGAUAAGUAAGCAUGUUGAAACGUAAUCCUGCUCUCCGAGGAGUUGUUCUGAACUAAUAGUUUCUUUAGACUUUAACUCGUGUCUUCUAAAAUGAAGUACUACAUCUUAUUUGACGAGAAUGUCAUGCGCGGUGGUGCAGUUUCCCGUUUUCGAUUUGAUAGAACCUGGCGCUAUCGGGAAGAAGGAAAAAAUUGGUAUCUUCUAUGAAAGCGGCGUUCCUCGUCUCUAGGGAAAGGAAAACCCUUCUUGCUGCGACAUGUCAUUCUACUUGUUAACAGGCCCGGUGCAUGCGAAUUCCUUGCGGCUUCGCUUUCAGUACAUUUACGACGUGCUUUGCAAUCGAGUUUCUAUGUCGCUUUCUGCUGCAAGCCCUCCAGUUUGACAUAGUGGUUGACUCGUAAUGCGCAGGCACGAGGAGAAGCAAAUGCAAAUGCAGUUGCAGAGGUCCUGAACAUUCGGUCUCCCUUUCUUGUUUCGCGUCUGUUAAUUCAAAUCAGUUCAUUGCGGAAGGUAUCUUGAGUUCGAUCAGUCGUCGGACAAGUAGAUAUGUAAGAAUUGUCUCUCAUUUGCGGUUUUCAUCCCAAUAGCGACAGCGCUUCGGCCGACGAAGUUCGUCACCAGGUCUCUCUAGCUGUGCCACCUGCUACGCUCAGCGCAAACGUGUACGUUUUUGGUCGGGAAGUGGAGGUUUUGCAGCCAUCGCCCUCGGACGAAAGCACGACCCGCCCUCAACUUGGAAAGUUCAAACAAGACAGCGAUGGCAAAGCAUGGCAGUGGGAGGCAGACGAGCCAGCGCAGUUAGAGGAAUAUACUGCGAGCGAAGCCUUCGAUGCACCAAAACGGAGUCAGCAGCAAGUACUAGUCCAGCGUGUUCCAGCAUCACGGUAAGAAGAGACUCUUCGAAAUCUACGAUCAUUGUUCAAUGCAAUCACUACUACGACACGCUAGAUAUGUGCAUCAUCUUUCACAGCUAAGCUGUACCUUCUGGAAAUUUGACAUGAAGCGGUUGAGUGGUUUUGCGACAUCUGCAGUCUCUGUAUGUACAAAAUAGAAUACUAUGUUUACGAUGAAGUGGAUUUUGACAUUUACUUUUUAUCACAGGGGGGACGGUGCCGGGCCCCAGAAGUUCAAAAGAGAUGGACCAACAUCGGCCGACAGCGGUUCUGCAAGACAGGGCUAUGUGACGGCUGAUGAUUCUCCGAUAAUAGCUUUGAGCACCUCAUCCUUCACGGAAUCGAGUCCCACAGGAGCUUCUAAGCCGGCACACCAAGAACCUCCCGCUUUCAACAAAUCCCGUGCACCAUCAAGUUCGAUCUCGCGGUCCUUUCUGCGACCGUAGAUGAGUCAUUCAUUCUCGUAGUACAGGCUUCGGCGGCGCCGCGGAUGCGGUGCGCACGGAGGCGUAUACCCGGUGUUGUUGAUCGAGUACUUUUAUUCAUCUGAAGACGGACCUCAAAUUUUACGUUCAGUUCCAACCCAGCAUUGAAAGUAUGGUACAGGUUUUCAAAAGCAAAAUGCACUAUGCACAAGGGUAUUUUCACGUGACAAGUUGAGACUAGACUUUGAUUUUUGAUGAGCUCUCCCCGGAGCAGUUUGUUUCUUUUUGCAUUUUUUUUUCUUUCUUUUUCAUAAUUGCAAUUAUAAGCGUUUCUGUCUCUUUUUUUCUAUCAUUUUUAUUGCGUCAGACCCUACUUCUCGAUUACAUUUUCGAUGAUAUCUUCGAGUGACAAAAACGGAAACACAAAUCAGGUUUCGACCGUGGACAGCACUUUCUGCUUGAGGCGCCUCGUACUUCAAUUAUAGCUGCAUUUCGCAACUUUUUCGCUUUUUUUUUUCGCGUCACGUGACCCACCAGUGAGUGCUCAGGAAUUCAGCAGCAUCAGAUGGGCUCUGAAAAUUACGAAGAUAACUAAGAUUUUUAGUACAGUUACGAGUUAGAAGAACUACAACAACGCGAUGUGGUCUACAGCGUCUCGUAGACACCAGAGUUGCACCUGUGCUAGGGAGGACGUGUUGUGGAAAGAGGGUCUGCGCAACAGUUUUGAACGAAGAACUUUUUCUAAUCCCGCAAGUAUGUUUUUUUUUCUGCUCACAAAAAUAAAACUUUUUCCUUUUGUUUCCACGUGUAUCUGAACGCAUAAGAAGUAUUCUUUGAAUGAUUUGUCUUUACUUUUUACAGCAUAAAUGAGGUCGUUAAAACAUAAGAGUUGUUGUGUAUGAUUGCAU